AUGGAUAACCUCAAAACCACCCUACGCCGCUCGAAAACUAUACUAACCAAGUCUUUUCGAAAGGCCAUAGGGUCAUCCAAACACUCACAAUUCAACCACAAUGAGCAGAGCUCGCGAGGUGGGGAGCAAUCGCUCAAUAUCAGUGCAGAUAUACUGACAACAGCAGGCGCUGGUACAGCUGCAGCUCAGACGACGGCGACGAUGACAACUGCACCCACCCGACUCAUUGGUCCGAUUCUUCGCGGCAACUACGAAGACACCAGCAGCGUUGCCGACUACUCAAGUACACAUUCUCCUGACAGCUCUGGCAUUUCCGCUGGCCCCGCGUCUUCCAAUGGACAACGUCGUCGCAUCACCAUCACUGCUCAUCCUAGUACUUUGGCAGGUUCUUCAGCGCAUCGAUCUGUGGCCUUGGCUGCAAAUAGCAUGGUACCUGCAAGUCCUUCUCUUGCAGCAUCCGUGGUUGAUGAACAACUUUCAGGUAUCUCUGCUGGUCCUGCUCCUUUCGGCGGACAGCGUCGACGCUUCACCAUUGCUUUUCGUCAUGGUACUUCGGCAGAAUCUUCAGCACAUCGAUCUGUGGCCUCGGUUACAAAUAGCAUAGUGCCUGCAAGUCCUUCUCUUCCAAAAACUGUUGAUGAUGAUGCUAACGUUUCUGUCGUAUCAGAGAAUAGUGUGACCGGCUCGACCCAAGCUGAUUUCUUCACUCCCAGAGCGGCAGCCGAAACUGCGGCGGUGCAAGUAGCGGAGCGAGGGGAUCAGGACCGAAGACCCAAUGUAGUUGCUGCUUCACUAUCCCCACGCCACUUGGCUUCCGAUAAUCUGAGCACUGAUACAUUCGAACCUAGCAACAGCUCUCGUCCAUGGAUCAGACACAUAGAGCACCAGCAACUUCAACACCGAGGCAUUGACCAAACAGAGCUGGCACCACCGCCACCGAACUUCAAGCCGACCGUACGCCUUCCACCAGGACAAGCUGACCCACGAGGGCAAUCUCAUGUUGAGCCUGAAGAUGGUAUAUAUAUGCAUACAGAACAUGUCACUGCUUCUUCGUCCGGCAAAUCAGACAAGGGCAAAGCUCGUGCGGUGUCUGGAGGACGUCCCGUGGCGACUUCAUCUGCUGCUGCUGCUGCUGCUGCUGCACAAGAACCGAACGUGACUGCAAGCAUACCAAUUGUGAUUGUUUCUGACGGAGAGACUAGCCACCGUGCCUGGGAUGACACGGAUUUUGACCAGUUCGUUUCCGAUGACAACCGCCGUCUUGUACGCGUGGGAUCUGAAGAAUGGGCAGUCAAGUCUGCACAAGGAUCCUCUGCAAGCAAUGGUACCGGAACACCCGCCUCCCUGUCCACUUCUAACCGCGCCUGGGACGACACCGAUCUGGACCAAUUCGACGCGACCGGGACUCAACGCUUGGUUCGUGUUGGUACCCAAGAAUGGGCACUCGAAUCUGUACAUGGCUCUAGAAAUGUUGGCUCGUCAUCAUCUUCGUCAAAUCGUGCAUGGGAUGACACUGACCUCGACCAAUUCAAUUCCGUUGACAACCAGCACCUCGUCCGUGUGGGAACUGAAGAAUGGACUCUGCAGGAUGGAGAACCUGUCAACGGCAAUAGUAACGGUAACGGUGAUUCUUCCAGCUCCAACUCGAGCAAUCAAGGCCUGACACCACCCCAACGAGUCUCCAGUGCUCGAUCCCAAGGAUGGGGGUUACGACCUCGAGAAGGCAAUCCUCCUGUGACAGACGAUGGUGAGGGUGACGAAUCGCCUGAAUACCGGGAAGAUGUCGUUGUUCUUCGUCAACGACGGACAAGAGCAGCAGCAGCAGGUAUCCCGCAACCGGUUCAGACAACCCAGUCUGAGGCUGAGCCUCAAGCUAAAACUCAAGCUGAACCUGUACCCAUCACUGCCGCCACCACUACAACCACCAACACCACCACCACCACAGCAGCAGCAGCAGCAGCAGCAGCAGCAGCAGCAGCAGUAACUGUGACCAUCACUUCGCUUCCACACACACCUGCUCCGGCGCCACAAGAUGACGACACGGCUCUACAUGCAGCUGCGGCUACUACUCCUGCCGGCGGCAACUUUAGGCCUGAACGUGGCUUGCAUUCUUCGUCCGAAGACACGGAGGUGAACAACGCCGGUGGUGAUGGUGGUAGUGGUGGUAACGACCCGGUAACUCCAGGCCCGCGACCGGCACCACGCAACAACCUCGGUCCACACGGUCUCAGCUACAUAUUUCCCCAAGACGUGUUCUUGCCAGGCGAGGCCAACGGCCAGUGGGACACCCCCCGACGCUUCGUGCCCGUGCAGGACAUGACCUUCCCGGGAAUUCAGGGCUUGACCUACGCGCUCCAGACCGCGGCGACCGAACACGCCCAGAUGUACCGCGAGCGCGAGGCGUACCGGCACAACAACGACGUCAACUGUUUCAAGGUCGAGGUCCUGCAGAACCUCGUGGCCGAGCGGAACCAACAGGUCCAGGCCCAACUUGAGGAGAUCGAACGCCUGAAUCGACUUCUCGAAUCUCGCGACUCGGAACUUUUGUCCUUGCAGGCCAGAGUUGGACGGUUGGAGAUCGACACUUAUGGAAGUGGGUCUGGGUCUGGUUCUGGGUCUGGGUCUGGGUUCGGUUCAGGUAACGCUGACGAUCUCACCGACGACGACGACACGGUCGUGCGAAAUGUCCAAGCCGCCGCCACCACCACCACCACCACCACCACCACCACCACAUCUGCGUCAAUCAACCAAGGUGGUGACUUGUACCAUCAAGCCACGGGAGGCGUGGUGUACCGAUCCGACUCCGAGGACGGUGACGGCCGCCUUCUUCGUGUCCAACAGGACUCGUCCGAGGACGCGGAUCUCGAAGACAACUACACCGAGAACCAGUCGCCGUCCACCGACGCUUCCUCAUGA